AUGGCUGGGGCCCCUUCCCCAGACCAGCGGGCCGGCCGGGGGCGGGGCCGGGAGGAAAGAUUUCGCGGAGCGGCGCCCCGGAAGUCGGCAGGAGUCACAGUGGGCGUGGUCUCGAACCAACUUUCCCCGCCCACCGGGCCUGACCACCGCGGAGCCGUAAAGAGCACUUGCGUCGUGAAAGCGGCCAGGCGCGGAAGCGUAGCUUUACGACCGCGUGGGAGCCUUGCGACGGGAACCCGGCGUUCGCCAGCUGAGACGUCUGCUCCCGCACGUGGAGCGCUGUCUGUGUUGUGGGAGGUUCAUUCAUUCAUUCAUUCUUGUCGGCUGAAAAACUCCUGGGCCCCGGAGUCCCAGAGUGGUGAAGGGAUGGAUCUAGUCGCUGAAAAUGAAGGGACGCCAGGCGGAGCUGUGUCCGCUGGAGCUGAGGGAGCGCCGCCGAGUCCCCGGCCUGUUGGGGAGGGGGUCGGGCACGCUGCCGGGAUGGAGCUGGCGGGCGGGAUGCAGGCGACAGGUGAUGGAGAGGAAGGAGGUGGGCCGGGAGCAGAGGCUAUGAGAGGGGGCGUGAAGCGAGAAGUUAGGGACUGGCCGGAAAUGGAAGCAGGCCCGCUGGGUGGCCAGGGGGUGACGCCGGAGGGGAUGGAGGAGAAGCCGGGCGCUUGGGAGGCGAGGCGGGAGCGGAGCGUGGUGGUCCGAGAGGAGAAGGCGGGCCAGCUAGAGGUCCCGGCAGCAAAAGUGACGGCGGAGGAAGAGGCCGGGGGCUGGCGCGCAGCAGAGCUGGACGAGAGGAAGGAGAAGCUGGAAAUGAAGCCCGAGGAGCUGUCGGCGGGUCGGGACGCGGAAGGGCAGCAGCGGCGGGGAACGUGUGUGGAAGCCCAGCUGGCUCUCCCGGAGGAGGAGGCGGUGCGGGAUGCGACGGCCAAGGCGGUGGGUGCCAAGAGGAAGCUGGCCAUGUCCAGGUGUGAAACUUGUGGUACAGAAGAAGCAAAGUACAGAUGUCCACGUUGUAUGAGAUAUUCCUGCAGUUUGCCCUGUGUAAAGAAACACAAAGCAGAAUUAACAUGUAAUGGAAUUCGGGAUAAAACUGCUUAUGUUUCAAUACAACAAUUCACAGAAAUGAACCUCCUAAGUGAUUAUAGGUUUUUAGAAGAUGUGGCAAGAACAGCAGAUCAUAUUUCUAGAGAUGCUUUCUUAAAAAGGCCAAUAAGCAAUAAACAUAUGUACUUUUUGAAAAAUCGGGCCCGAAAGCAAGGUAUUAACUUAAAACUUCUGCCAAACGGAUUCACGAAAAGAAAAGAGAAUUCAACAUUUUUUGAUAAGAAAAAACAACAAUUUUGUUGGCAUUUGAAACUUCAGUUUCCGCAAAGUCAAGCUGUAUACAUAGAAAAAAGAGUACCAGAUGAUAAAACUAUUAAGGAAAUCUUAAGACCAUACAUUGAUCCUGAAAAAUCUGAUCCUGUAAUUCGUCAAAGGUUGAAAGCCUAUAUUCGCUCUCAGACAGCGGUUCAAAUUUUAAUGAAGGUUGAAUAUAUGCAGCAAAAUUUAGUAAGGUAUUAUGAGCUGGAUCCUUACAAAAGUCUCCUUGACAAUUUGAGGAACAAAGUAAUCAUUGAAUACCCAACAUUACAUGUGGUCUUAAAAGAAUUCAGCAAUGACAUGAAAAUUCUACACCAAGGGAAAAGUGAAUCUGUCAGGAACAUCACUAAUGAAAAGUAAGUCCUUCUGGAGGAGGAAGAAGGUGGAAAUUUCCAGACUUUGCAGAGGACUAUGCAUUGACUAGCCUCAUGGAUGCCUGGGAUAUUGUUGGGCGCUUGACAUUUUUUGUUUGUCUGAAAAGUAAUUAAACAAUUCAAGUUAUACAUACACACACCAAUAUUUUUGGUUGCUGAUUGGCAUAGUGCUUAUUUUACUAUACUUAAAUCUGUAGUCUUAAAACUUUUUUUCCAUGGUUCGAAAUAAGAGCACCGCUGUAUGAGUCACAAGUUUGCUUUCUCUUUAGUGGAAUUCUCCAGAAACAUGCAACAUGCCAUAAAGCCACGGGAUGACUGACCCAUUAGUUGCUCAUUCUAAUGUCAGAAUUAUAUAUGAUAUAAUAACCUUUAUAUGUGAUAUUACCUGUCAUGACAACUGAGUGGAUCUUUCAUGCUUGCACAGCAGACAUUACAAUGUCCUCUGUUCAAGGCUGAAUAAAUAUUACUAACUAUAAUGUCUUAUGUCCAGUGCAGAAAAUCAAUGGCUCCAGGUUGUUGUUUGAAUUAUCUGUGCUCAUGGAUUUGGCUCUACUUGUUCACACAGUGAGCUGUGACUUAUUAAGAAUUCUGUACCUUUCAUCCCAUUCCCAUUCCACUCUUGUCAUUACCACACAGGGGUGUUGUGAUGAGCAGUUUUAUGCCAUGUUUUGAAAUAGCUAGCAAUAACUAAAACAGAAACAUUUGAAGCUCUUCAAAGGAAUGUAUAUGUGUAUUUAUGUAUAUUCAUGGUUUAAUUUAUAUCUUAUGGCAGCUCUGUGUACAUUAUGAUCUCACAUACUGGAAUUAAAGUUUCCUAGUUUUAUUGGAAUUUAUACGGUUAUGAAAUUGCAAUAUGACUAUAAAAGAGUAAAAGAUUAUUACAUCUGCA